AUGUCUGACCCUGGGAGCUACACCGUGGGCUGGAUCUGCGCCUUAGCCGUGGAAUACGUUGCCGCACAAGAAUUUCUCGAUGAAGAGCACGAAAAAGCGAGCUUUGUGUCGCCCAAUGACACCAAUGAUUAUACGUUAGGCAAGAUGUGCGAACACAAUGUUGUCAUCGCCGUUUUGCCUGAUGGUGAAUAUGGCACAGCUUCCGCGGCCAAUGUAGCAACAAAUAUGCUCACCACAUUUCGCAACGUCAGGAUAGGUCUCAUGGUCGGCAUUGGGGGUGGUGUGCCAAGUGAGAACCACGACGUUCGUCUUGGCGAUGUUGUGGUCAGUGCGCCCCGUCGGGGUGUGGGUGGUGUGUUCCAGUACGACUUUGGCAAAUCGAUACAAGGUCAGGGUUUUCAGCAUACACGGUUCUUAAACCAACCACCAACUCUAUUACGGACCGCUAUGACGGGGAUCCAGGCGCAAUACGAGAGGAAGGGACAUCGGCUCGAGGAGGCCAUCAAUAGCAUUCUCGACAAGAACGCGAGACUACGCCGAAAGUAUGAACGGCCGGAAUCAAACACGGAUAGGCUCUUUCAGUCCAACGUGACCCACGAGCCAGAAUGCGGUGCCGCAUCUUGUACAAAUGAUGCCUCAAACUUGAUUCUGCGACGUGAACGCACCGAAAACGAGGAUGAUCCUGCUAUCCACUACGGUCUGAUUGCUUCUGCCAACCAAUUGAUGAAAGAUGCUUUGGUUCGAGAUAGACUCGCAGCGGAAAAAGACGUUCUCUGUUUCGAAAUGGAAGCUGCUGGGUUGGUGAACACUUUUCCCUGUCUAGUUAUCCGAGGCAUCUGCGACUACUCGGACUCGCAUAAGAACGAAACAUGGCAAGGGUACGCAGCGAUGGUGGCAGCUGCAUACGCCAAAGACCUGUUACAGAGGAUGCCUCUGAAUAAGAUCGAGGCCGAGGAGAGGAUUAGCGUUACCAUAUCGGACGCGCUGAAAAGCGCCAACCAACGCCUAGACCGAGCGUACGAUCAAAGAGAACAACACCAUAAUGAACAAAAGACGCGAGCUUUGACGGACCAGCAACAACGUUGUCACCAAGUUUUCAAGAUAUCGAGUUACACGGAGCAAAAGGACAUCAAUCCACGACGAGCAGAAGGAACCUGCCAGUGGGCUCUACAAAGCCCUGAAUAUAUUCGUUGGUGGGAGAGCAAUUGCAAUGACCUUCUAUGGGUUUCAGCCGAUCCAGGCUGUGGAAAGUCUGUACUAGCCAGAUCGAUUAUCGAUGACUUCGUGCAAUCUUUUAAUCCAGCAGCGACAAUAUGUUACUUCUUUUUCAAGGACAACGAUGAACAGAAUCAUCUUGCUGCAGGACUGUGUUCCGUAUUACAUCAGCUCUUUAGCCAGCGGCCACAUCUAUUGCACCAUGCUAUACCAUCCUGGGAAAAGAACGGGGACAGACUCCGAGAAGAGAUUGAUGAACUAUGGCAAAUAUUUGUAGCAGCAACAUCAGCUGAUAUAUCAUGCAAGACGAUAUGUAUAUUUGAUGCACUUGAUGAAUGCCGUGAAAUUGAUCAGAAACGAUUGAUCGAGAAGCUCCAGGUCUUUCACCGCAAGCCACGUUCAUCAACACAGUCUACUUAUUUGAAAUUCUUGGUCACCAGUCGUCCAUAUGACCAUAUCCAGAAUCGCUUUCGAGCGAUCACGGCCUCCUUCCCAUAUCUCCAUCUAAGGGGGGAGGAAGAAAAUGAUCAAAUCCACAAGGAGAUUGAUCUGGUCGUGAAGAUUCGAAUAGAGGAGCUGGCUAAAACAGCAUCUUUGUCCUGGGAUAUACAGCAGCAACUCGAACACCAGCUUCUACGAAUGGAACACCGCACGUAUCUUUGGUUAUAUCUAGCCAUUGAUGAUAUUCAAUCUACAUUCGAGAACAGCCUUCGGCCUGCCGAGGAAUCUAUUCGAAUGAUACCUCCUUCAGUGGAUAAGGCGUAUGAGAGAAUUCUUAGUCGCGUCCCUUGCGGUCAGGAAAGUACUGUGAGAAAGGUCUUACAGAUAAUUGUUGGAGCACGACGUCCUUUGACAACAGCGGAAAUGGCCAUGGCGCUAGGUAUAUCCAUCUCUCCACGAUCGCAGACUGCAGCACAGACUGGACUAGACCCACAACAGAUGGGCCAUAAACUCCGUCGUCUAUGUGGGUUAUUUGUUUUCAUUAAUAGUUCCAAGAUCUACCUCAUUCAUCAGACAGCAAAGGAAUUUCUAAUCGAAAAAGCAUCGAAAGAUCUCCAUUUCGCAUACUCAUGCAGCCUAACUGAUACUGAAAAUCAAAUGGCUCUUGUGUGUGUGCGCUACCUGUUGAUGGAGGAUCUGAAGGAGGAUGAAGGCGAAUCGUGCUCUCUCCCGCAAAGCUUCUUAGAGUAUUCUGCAGUACAUUGGGCCGAACACGUACAGAAAAUGACUUUGCAUUCAGACCAAGAAGUAACCGAUCUGAUACAUCGGUUAUAUGACAUGAGUGGAAAGCGAUUCAAUCUAUGGUUUCCAAUCUUUUGGAUGGCAGUGGCUCAACACCACUCUGGUUAUGUGCCUAAACUGAAUGCACUGCACCUGGCAGCAUUUAACGGUCACGACCAACAGGCUAGGGCACUACUUGCUGUAAAUAAAGAGGUUCUCAACACACCAGAUGAUACACGAACAUAUCCGGUCAUAUGGGCUUCGCUAAAUGGGCACGACAACAUGGUGCAGCUGCUCAUAGAACGAGGGGCCGAUGUCAAUGCCCAGGGCGGGCCCUACGGAAAUGCCAUCCAGGCUGCUUGUUCCGGCGGACACGAGAAUAUCGCGCACAUGCUGCUUGAGCGCAAAGCCGAUGUUAACGCCCAAGGUGGAGAACAUGGAAAUGCCCUCCAGGCUGCCUGCUACGGGGGACAUGACAAAAUUCGAAUUGCGCAGAUGCUACUUGAGCGAGGAGCCGAUGUCAACGCCCGGGGUGGACGCUACGGAAAUGCCCUUCAGGCUGCUUGUUAUGGGGGACAUGACAAGAUUGCACAGAUGCUGCUAGAGCGGGGAGCGGAUGUCAAUGCCCAGGGUGGUUCCUACGGGAAUGCCCUACAAGCUGCUUGUGCUGGAGGACAUGAAAAGGUUGUACAAAUACUACUUGGGCGGGGAGCCAAUUUCACCGCCCGGGGCGGGCCCUACGGUAAUGCCCUCCAGGCUGCUUGUUCCGGCGGACACGAGAAGAUCGCGCAGACGUUGCUUGAGCGAGGAGCCGAUGUCAAUACCGAGAGUGAAAAUUGCGGAAACGCCCUUCAGGGUGCUUGUUCGGGAGGACACGACAAAAUUGCAGAGAUGUUGCUAGAGCGAGGAGCCGAUGUCAACGCCCAGGGUGGACACGACGGAAAUGCCCUUCAGGCUGCUUGUCAUGGGGGACAUGACAAGGUUGCGCAGAUGCUACUUGAGCGAGGAGCCGAUGUCAACGCCCGGGGUGGGUACUUCGGAAGUGCCCUCCAGGCUGCUUGUUAUGGGGGACAUGACAAGGUUGCACAGACGCUGCUAGAGCGGGGAGCGGAUGUUAAUGCCCAGGGUGGUUACUACGGGAAUGCCUUACAAGGUGCUUGUUCUGAAGGUGACGAUACGAUUGUGCAAAUCCUCUUGGCGCACGGGGCCGAUGUCAACGCCCGCGGUGGACGCUACGGAAAUGCCCUCCAGGCUGCUUGUUAUCAGGGACAUGACAAGGUUGCACACAUCCUACUAGAGCGCGGAGCCGAUGUCAACGCCCAGGGUGGGGACUUCGGAAACGCUCUUCAGGGUGCUUGUUGUAAAGGGCACGACGAGAUCGCUGAGAUGCUACUAGAACGAGCCGUCGAUGUCAAUACCCAGGGUGGGCACUACGGAAAUGCACUUCAGGGUGCUUGUUCGGAAGGACACGGCAAGAUUGCACAGAUGCUACUAGAGCGAGGAGCCAAUCUCCACGCCCAGGGUGGUUUCCACGGAAAUGCCCUUCAGGCUGCUUGUAGUGGACAUGACAAAAUUGUACAGAUGCUGCUAGAGCGAGGAGCUGAUGUCAACAUCCAAGGGGGGUUCUACGGAAAUGCGCUUCAGGCUGCUUGUUCCGUGGGACAUGACAGAAUCGCACAGAUGCUACUUGAGCGAGGAGCUGAUAUUAACGCCCAAGGUGGAGAAUACGGAAAUGCGCUUCAGGGUGCUUGUUGUGAGCUACAGGAUACAACUGAAAUUGCACAGAUGCUACUUGAGCGAGGAGCCGAUGCCAACGCCCAGGGUGGUUCCUACGGAAAUGCCCUCCAGGCUGCUUGUCAUGGGCAACAUGAAAAAAUUGAACUUGCACAAAUAUUACUUGAGCGUGGAGCCGAUUCCAACGCCCAGGGUGGACGUUACGGACAUGCCCUUCAGGCUGCUUGUUUUGAAGGGCAUUACAAGACUGCACAGUUGCUGCUAGAGCAAGGGGCCGAUGUCAACGCCCAGGGUGGACACUACGGAAACGCCCUCAAAGCUGCUUGUUCUGAAGGACAUUACAAGAUUACACAGAUGCUAUUGGAGCGAGGAGCCGAUGUCAACACCCAGGGUGACAAUUGCGCAAACGCUCUUCAAUGUGCUUGUUAUAGGGGUCAUUAUAUGAUUGUAAAGAUGCUGCUAGAGCGUGGAGCAGAAGUCAACGCCCAAGAUGAAGACUACGGAAAUGCUCUUCAGAGCGCUUGUUCCGAAGGACACGAAGGUAUCGCGCAGAUACUACUCGAGCGGGGAGCGGAUGUCAAUGCCCAGGGUGGUUACUAUGAAAAUUCUCUUCAGGGUGCUUGUUAUAAAGGGCAUUACAAGGUUGCACAGAUGCUGCUAGAGCGUGGAGCAGAAGUCAAUUCCCUAGGUGGACACUACGGAAACGCCCUGCAGGCUGCUUGUUCAGGCGGACAUGAAAACAUCGCGCAGAUGCUACUCGAGCGAGAAGCCGAUAUUAACGCCCUAGGUGGAUAUUACGGUAACGCCCUUCAGUGUACUUGUUAUAGGGGAUUUUACAAGAUUGCACACAUGCUGCUAGAGCACGGAGCCGAUGUCAACGCUCAGGGUGGACAGUACGGAAACGCUCUUCAGGCUGCUUGUUAUAGGGGACAAGACAAGAUCACGCAGAUACUGCUAGAGCGGGGUGCCGAUAUCAAUGCUCAGGGUGGGGAAAAUGGAAAUGCCCUCCAGGCUGCUUGCUUAGAAGGACACGAGAAUAUCGCGCAGAUAUUGCUUGAGCGCGGAGCCGAUGUUAACGCCCAGAGUGAAAAUUGCGCAAACGCCCUUCAGUGCGCAUGUUAUAGUGGAUAUUAUAAGAUUGUACAGAUGCUGCUAGAGCGAGGAGCUGAUGUUAACGCCCAGAGUGAAGACUACGGAAAUGCUCUUCAGUGGGCUUGUUCCGAAGGACACGAAAGCAUCGCGCAGAUGCUACUCAAGCGUGGAGCCGAUAUCAAUUCCCAGGGUGGACACUACGGAAACGCUCUUCAGGCUGCUUGUUAUAAAGGGCAUUACAAGGUUGCACAGAUGCUGCUAGAGCGUGGAGCAGAAGUCAAUUCCCAGGGUGGACACUACGGAAAUGCCCUCCAGGCUGCUUGCUCCGGAGGACACGAGAAGACCGCGCAGAUGUUGCUCAAGCGCGGAGCCGAUGUCAACGCUGAGGGUGGCUUCUACGGAACUGCCCUCCAGGGUACUUGUUAUGAAGGGCAUUACAAGAUUGCACAGAUGCUGCUAGAGCGAGGAGCCGAUGUCAAUUCCCAGGGUGGGCCCUACGGAAAUUCCCUCCAGGCUGCUUGUUCCGGCGGACACAAAAACAUCGCGCAGAUACUACUCGAGCGAGGAGCCGAUAUUAGCGCCAGUAGUGGGCACUAUGGAAACGCCUUUCAGGCCGCUUGUUAUAAAGGGCAUUACAAGGUUGCACAGAUGCUGCUCGAGCGAGGAGCCGAUGCCAAUGCCCAGGGGGGGGCCUACGGAAAUGCCCUCCAGGCUGCUUGCUCCGGAGGACACGAGAAGAUCGCGCAGAUGUUGCUUGAGCACGGAGCCGAUUUCAAUGCCCAGGGGGGGGAAGAUGGAAAUGUCCUCUAG